AUGCAGCGUGCCAUGCAUCGCCUCCGAAAGGUAGCUGCACGCCUUGGAUGUAGACGUGCCCCGGAUGUGGUAGUCCCACAACAGCUUGGUGCUGGACCAUCUACUGCACAUGUUGGAGGGACUUCAUCUUCACAUGGUGCACAUGUUGGUGGGACUUCUUCUUCACAUGGUGCAGCAACUAGUGCAGAGGGUGGUCAAGGACAUGGUCCUUAUGAUGAUGAAGGACAGGGAGAGUACUAUGAGCAUGAGUAUGAUGAGAUUGGCAUGUCCCAGCUUGAAGAUGCACCCCAAGGAACUCAAGGCCCCUGCGGUUCUGGACGUCCAUAG